AUGUUUGAAAAUCCCCUUUCACUAUCACCAAAUACAGUAUGGCGAGAGCGUCGUGCUUUCGCCUACUACUUUCAACACACUGCAACUUCUAUCGGUGGUGGAUUGGAUGUUGAUUUCUGGCGCACUAUUGUUCCCCAGGUUUGCCGAAGUGAGCCUGCAGUGUGGGAUGCUAUGAUCUCAAUAAGUUCACUAUUCGAAAGUCCUGACCCAUACCCGGAUCUUGUCCCUCCCCGCUGGGACCACCCUCGCAGACUGAAUCAAAACCAACGAGAUGCGUUGAGUUGGUAUUCACGCUCAGUAUCCGCCGUUCGUCAAGGGCUUGCACGGGGUGGUGUCGGGAUAUUUACGGGACUGAUCACAUGUGUUUUAUUCAUCUGCGUGGAGGCCCUCUUGGGAGAUUUGGAGGAAUCAUUGCAUCUCUAUAACCAAGGUGUACACCUCAUUCAUGCAUUACGAGACCGAAAGGACCGCAGAGCUAUGACAGCAACCGAGGCCUCACUAUUGGAAGAUACGAUCGUUCCCAUAUUUGUCCGACUAGGAGCAGUCACUCUCCACAAUUUAGCGGAUCCAAUGAGCACACUGUUACGAGAAACAGAAAGUGACUUUACAAAGGAGGUCAUCUUCGUCUCUCUUAAGUCGGCGCGGGAAGCCAUUGUUCUUCUUUCUACGGAGAUUCACAUGUUCGAACGAGCCUGCGAACAAGACCUGGAGCAAUCACAUGCGCCCCAGAUAUCUCAGCCAUUGAUGAUCCGCCAAAAAAAACUCUCAGCCAAAUUACAAAACUGGUAUACUGCCUUCACAAAAUUAACAGCGUUUCUAUGCAAGGGGGAUCAACUCAGCACCUGUGCUCUUCUUCUUGCCUAUUACGAAAUGCUGUUUGUCAUGCUCGGAGUCUGCGUGUCACCAUCAAGAAUCACAACCGACAUCUACACACCAAAUUUCCAAAAUAUGAUUGAAAAUUCCAUCGUAGCCCUGAACGGAUCAGCUCGAGAUGAUGGAAGCCAGCCUCCUUUUACAUUCGAGAUCAGCGUCGGUCUUCCACUAUUCUUUACAUGCGUCAGGUGUCGCGACCCUAAAAUGCGACGCAUAGCUCUAGCAAUGCUCCGUCGAGCGCAUCGAGUACUGGGACUUCACAGCCGCGACCAAGGAAUCAUACUGAUCGAAGCAAUUGUGAUGAUAGAAGAAAAGAACGGGAAACUAAUUGACCAAGCUCAGAGCACGAGCAGCUUUGAGACCGCAAAAGCAUAUGAUGGACUCGAGAACCAGACGAAAAAAGGAGACACAGAAAACCCGAGCACCACAGUCACCUCUCUGGUUAGAGGUCCAUAUCCCACACCCCCAGAACUAGAAACCAGGACAGCAGAAGUGCUCGUUCCACAAGAGGCACGCAUCAAACCACUUGGUGUCUUCCGACCACGAGAUGGCUACCCAGCCGAGAUGACAGAGAAGGAUAUGCAGAUGUGCAACCAAAGAUUUGAUCAAUUAUUCUUUCGAUUUUCGUGGAACGAGUACAGCCGGGUCGAUGAUACGUGGAGCACGGUAUAUGGGUGUUUUCCCGUGGAACUUUGA